AUGUUGGGCGGGAUAUUGAGAAGAAAUAUCAGUCGCAGUGUUGGAUGCAGCUACAGAGCUGCCACUGCAUUCCCAAAGCUCACCAGACCAUUCACGCACUCCCCCACACGCUUUCACAAAAUACCUACCGACGGUACAUCCACCCCGAUAGGCCAUGUCGAUCCACGCCUUCAAAUAAGCUUCACUUGCACCGUCAAAGAUUGCGGCGAAAGAUCCACCCACGAAUUCGCCAAGAGCAGCUACACCAAGGGCAUCGUUAUUGUUCAGUGUCCGGGCUGCAGCAAUCGCCAUCUCAUCGCUGAUAACCUUGGCUGGUUCAAACAGCCCGAUACAGCCCAAGGAGAGCUGCGCACCGUCGAAGAUCUCAUGCGCGCUAAAGGCGAAAAGGUGGUGAAACUAUAG